ACAGAUUCACGCGAUUGAUGGAGUUUACCUGGCUGUAUAGUGAAUAGACAUUAGUUACCUGUGGCUGUGCAAACCAAGUCAACGACACUUAUUAUUUGAUUCAUGACCAAAUUUGCGAUCUAGCUAACACCGAUGAGAAAUUUGAACCGCCUUCAACAUUGUUAUGUGUGGACUGUACAGAAGAAAAGCCACCCCAUUGUGUUACGUGAGUUACAUAUGACCGACUAUUACACGUGGCACGACCGUGCAAGUGUAAGAUAUUAACAAUCGUGAACUGUCUACAAAACAGAACAAAUUUACCCGAGUCGGAGAUGUUUGGAAAAGAUAAAUGUUGACAUAUUAUAGAUCAAUGUACCGAGUGGAUUCCUGUCAAUUGUACAAAACUUGGACCACGUGAAGAACGUCGAAUGUCUGCAUAGACAAAUUAACGGUUUAUCAUUGAGAAGAAUUUGUGGUAUCGUGUGAACGUGGAUAUUGCUCAUCGGCCAUAUGUCAACCGAGAUAUUGGUUAGCUGAUAAAUCAACCCGGACAGACUUAAACUAAACCCUACGCAUUACACGUAGUCGAUUGGUCUUAACUAGACAGUGGAUUUAUUUAGUAAAUAAGGCGAACCUGUAAAAGUUAAUACAAUUUGUGUUGUUUUGUUAGACAUUGUAAAGUUAUCAGUUAUCUCCUUAUUGACAAUUUCAUAAAUCGUAGUCUCGAAUUUCAUUUCCCGAUUUCAUUUUAAAUUAAACCAAUUUUUUUUUAUGGAAAUUGUUAUUAUAAUCGGAAACUCAUCUUCACGUUAGUGCAUGUGUAGCAUAAAGGUUUGCACUGUGGAUUUUUUAAAAAACAGUUAUUGCAUUGUUGACAUUCUUUUGUUUUGUGUUUGCGAGGACCGCUUUCGUAUAAAUAUUUUUCUGUUACUUUUUAUUAUCAACAUUCAAAGAAGAAGCGAAUGUAACGUGAUCUAACAUUGAAUGUUGUAAGUAAAAUAGUAUCUUUGUGAUACAGUGUUACUUAUAUUGUGUGGUGAUAUACCUACGUGAUAAUUAUAAUACGCUAUAGUAAGUAUGUCAACUACGGCGUGAAUGACAUACCUAUAUGGAUUAUACCUACGUAUAUAAACAACUCCAACAUGUGUGCUAUUAAUGUUUUCUUUUAAACCUGUCGAAGUUGUAGUUCGGACAUCACUUUAUUUUUCACUGAUCACUUUGUGGUCGACCUUUUAUUUACUAUAACUUAUUAAGUCUUAUUUCAAGAAGAAGAACUCGAGGAUUCGACGAAAUGUCAUGUUAUCCACGCAAUUUCUCGUUUGACACAUCUCGUUUCUGAGCAGACGACAAGUUACAGAAUAUAGUCAACAGUCACAAAAUACAUUUGUUCGACGACUUGUUCAGUGUUUAGCAACUAUUUGUUGAACACUCAACAUUUUACGAAAGAACACUAAUCUCUUUGUGUUUAAGAUUUAUACGUGAGGACCGCGAGGACAACAUUUUGGGUGCAAAAAUAGAUUAUUUCCCUUUUCGUGUAAUUAAAGGUUCCACUUGACCUAACAAAAUGAGUAUUAUGGAUAGAUCGCGAUCAUCGGUGUCGAUGUAUGAGUCGAUUUAUGACCUGUAUGGAUCCUACGAAAACUUUUCCAGAUCAUUUCGAAGAACAAUAUCAACAGAGUUGAGAAAAGCCAGAAAACAAAAAUCUUUUCAAUUGGACCGCCUUCUUGAUGAAUUGGCGAAAGGAACAGCGCUUUACAAGGUCAAAUCAGCAUCAAAAUUAUUACAAAGAACCUUCUCAUUGGAUAGAAAAAACAUGAUAUUGCAUUAUGACGGUACACAGAAAAGAUUCAGAAGUGCUAAAACAGACUUGAGAAUUUCACAAGUUCGAGAAGUGAGAGAAGGGGAAAAAGACUUUUCUAAGAAAUUGAAUGGCUUAGAUAAAUCUUUAUGUUUUGCUGUUAUUGUUGGAGCAAAUCACAAGGUAAUAUAUUUAAUGGCAAUGAGAAGAGAGAUGAGAGACAAAUGGGUACGAGGUCUGAGAUAUGCGAUACAGAUGGACAAAUUGGCUGAACAAAGAAACGAAACAGAUAAAUGGAUCAGAGAUGCUUUUAAUGCCGCUGAUAAGAAUGGAGACGGAAGUUUAGAUUUUAAUGAAAUUCUCAAAUUAUUAAAAACCAUAAAUGUGGAUGUGAAAAAAAAAUUUGCUCAAGAUAUGUUUGAUGCUGCUAAUACAAAUAGAAAAGAUAAAAAGAGUAAUAAUACAUUAGAUCGACAGGAAUUUGUUAAUUUUUAUCAUCAACUAACACGAAGACCUGAAUUAGAAGAAUUAUUUGUCAAAUUUAGUAGAGGUAAAGGAGUUAUGAAUGCCUCAGACUUAUUAUGUUUUAUGAGAGAAGGACAAAAGAGACAUGAUACAGAUGAAGAAUAUUGUAGACAUAUUAUUGAGAUAUUUGAACCUCAGAUGGCAGUAAAGAACAGAGAGCAAUUGAGUUUAAUAGGUUUUACAAAUUUCCUGAAAUCUGAGAAACAGCAGUUAUUUAAACCUAAACAUGGAACAGUAUAUCAAGAUAUGAACCAACCUUUUUCUCAUUAUUAUAUAGAUUCUUCUCAUAAUACGUAUUUAACAGAUGAUCAGUUACGUGGUCCAAGUAAAGUAGAAGCAUAUAUUUCAGCUUUAGAACGAGGUUGUAGAUGUGUGGAAUUGGAUUGUUGGGAUGGAUCUGAUGAUGAACCUGUUAUAUAUCAUGGUUAUACAUUGACAUCAAAGAUAUUGUUUAGACAGGUCAUAGAGGCUGUUAAAUUACAUGCCUUUAAAGCAUCCCCCUAUCCUGUAAUCUUAUCAUUAGAAAAUCAUUGUUCAUUGCAACAACAGAAAGUUCUUGCUUCACACUUAAAAACUAUAUUGGGUGAUUUAUUAUGGUCACCAGAGGGAGCUUAUUUAAAAGCUAUGCCAUCACCAGAAGAUCUUAAACACAAGAUAAUAAUUAAGGGAAAAAGACUACCGUUUCCUGAAGCAGAAGUUGUCAGUGAUGAAGAUGAGUCUGCAGAAAAUAAUAAUAAUAUACCAUCUCCUGCAGAAGAUAAAAAGUCCAAACAUAAAAUGGUGAAGGAGAUGUCAGAUAUUACUGCCCUUCAAAGUGUUAGUUUUAAAGGUGUAGAUAGGGCAAUGGCAGAAGAUGGAGCAUUUGUAAUAUUUUCAUUGGUAGAAGGAAAGAUAGAGAAAUUAUUACAGACACAAGCUUGUGAAGUAAAUUUAUUAAGUCAUAGUAAACUGUUGCGCAUUUACCCUGCUGGUUCACGUACUGACUCUAGUAAUUAUAAUCCAGUACCAAUGUGGAAUGCAGGCUGUCAAGUAGUUGCAUUGAACUACCAAACAGGAAGUGAACCUAUGCAAUUGAAUCAUGGAAGAUUUUUGGAUAAUGGAGGUACGGGUUAUGUGUUAAAGCCCAACUUCCUUUUAUCAGGUGAGAAUACCGGUUCAUCUUCAAACAAAUUCCCCAAAGCCACGGUUCACAGCAUGCGACCUCGAAAUGACCCAUUUCAACCAGGUUACAACAGAGAUGCAAUGUUUGGUAUUGUCAAUGGUACUGUUGUUAAUAAUAAUACAAAGACUUUACGGAUUACAAUUGUUAGUGGUUAUCAAAUACCUAAACCUAAAGAUUCUGAUCGUGGUGAGAUUAUAGAUCCAUUUGUCAAAGUAGAGAUACAUGGCGUUUCAUCAGAUUAUCACGAAGCAAGAACAAAAGCUAUUGAUAAUAAUGGAUUAAAUCCAAGAUGGUAUGAGUCAUUUAAUUUUACUGUGCGUGUACCAGAAUUAGCUAUGGUGAGAUUUGUUGUUAAAGAUGAAGAUAGAGGGAGAGAUGAUUUUAUUGGUUACUAUUGCUUACCUUUUAACAGUAUGCAAGAAGGUUAUCGACAUUUCCCAAUAUAUAAUAAAUAUGGCAGUCAAUACAGCCAGAGUAUGAUCUUUGUACAUACAACAAUCCUAAGUUCCUAGUUUGUUGCUGGUGAAUCAUAUUUUAAGAAAUAUGAAUCUACUAUCUAUACAUAGUUUGUUGCUGAUGGAUCAUAUUUUAAGAAAUAUAAAUCUACUAUAUAUACAUAUAUAAAUAUAUAUAGAAUGGCCAUGAAGAACAAAGGGGUUUUAAGUGCUAAUAUUAUAUUGAACAGAUACUUGUAAAUAUUAACAAGGUUGUAAAUAUUUCACCAUUUCUAUUUGAAACAAUCAAGAUGCAUCACUCACUCCAAAUGGCAUUUUCUUUCCUAUUCAUGCAAAGGUUUUAUAUAGCCUUAAUUAAUUGUCCAGCAAGCAGUGCAUGUAGGAAAUAGGUAAUUGUAUUGGUUGAUUAAGGAAAAAUGUCCAGAAAUUGUCAAGAGUAAAGUAAUAAUGCUAUGGUUUUACAAAUUCUACAAAAUUGAAACAGAUUAAGAAAAUCUUAGAAAAAUAUGAAUUUCCAGAUUAUUUUUAUUUUAAUCCACACCAUAUUACUUGUAAAGCUGUAAUAUAACUAGGAAUUAGAGUGGUUUUUACCCUCAUUUGAGAGCAAUAAUAUGUUCUAACAAUAUAUAUAUUAUUAGAAUUUGCAGUUUACUUGGUCACAUUAUAGUGAUAUUUAUAUUUAAAUAUAAAUGUACAUAAUGUAUAUUAUUUGUAAAUGGCAUUGAUUCAGUGUACAUGAACUUAUUAUUUGUAAUGUGAAGAAGGGAAUCUAAAUAAACCUGAAAAUGCAAUAAUAAGAUGAAUUUGGUUGUCAACCUCUCUACACAAAAAUAUCCUAAUGUACAUAUAUAUAGAAGAGGCUUUAUUUAUUUAGUUACUUAGCUCAUAAACUUUAAUUGUUUCAUUUGUAGGUAUUUUUUAAAUAUUCUCUUACAUUAUGCUUAAUGAAAUAAAGUAAGUUUUAUGUAAAACAGAUCAGUUUAAGAAUAUUGAAAUAUUAGACUGAUGGCUGUGAAUUUAAUUCACUUGUAUUGGUAUUUGUCACAUAUAGAUAAAUAUUUUUCUUUGGCGAUCAUGUGACCCUAAGUGUUACGAAUUGAUAAAAAAUGGAUAAAAUAUUUAAAAAGUUUGAACUAAUUAUAUAGAAUUUAAUUGAAUGGCAAGAACUAAUGAAUUUUUUUUUUUGAUCUCAUCUCAUAUCGAUUUUCAAAAUUCAUUCAAAAGAAAAAAAGUUUAAAGUUUAUUUAAGAUUGAAUGCAAUUAUUAUUAUUAUUAUUUGAUUUAUAUAGUGCUUCAUCACAGAGUGUUUCUAAGCGCAUUCAGAACAAAACAGUUCAAAAACAUUUUUUACGACUGUUUCAAUAAUUAACUUUGAUGAAUUAUUGAAACCUGCUUACAGAAUAUUUCAUUGCUAAACUUUUUUUUAAGGUUUGUACUUAACUAAAUUUUAUUUUUUAUUAAGAUAGUUUUGUGUUGUGAACAUGCAAUAUGAAUUUUUAUAUUCAUUCAUAUAGUUGCUGAGAUAUUAAAAAGCUAUUUUACAUUUACUGCCCUGAGCAAUAAUAUAGUUGUAUAAAAUUGGAAUUACUGUAGGUUGUAUUUGUGAUGAGUUAAAAAACAUGUAUAGGAAUUAGUUUUUUCAAAUGUAUGCUGAUGCAAUAAAUAAGGUGGUAGAAUAGAACCACUGUAAUACCUAAUGUGAAUAUACAUUUUUUUUUUGGUAGUUUACACUAGUUAUAGAAAUAUAUUAGUUUGUUGUCUGCAAUGCAAUAAUUAUCACCCAUAGUAUUUCAGAAUUAGUAGCAUUAAGUAUUGAAAUACAGAAUAUUUUUUAAAAGUAUGAAUAUAUUGAUGAAAAAUAAACUAUGGUUGCUGAAUUAUUAUCUUAUAUGCUUUUACUUACUUCGAAUUGUCAGAUAUAUUUUGAAUUAUGCAAUACAAAAUUUUUCUAUUAUUUUUACCAAUUUUUGAAAACAAAUAUAAUAUCAAUGAACUAGAAAACAAUUAAAUUCCAUUCUUUUUGUCAUUUUUUUUUUAAAACAGAAAAAUUGUUUUGUAUGUUAUUGUAACAGUUUUUAUGAGCAGAACUUGAUAUAUAUUCUGUAUAUAUUUGGAGAAGACAUUAAACUUCUAAUCCGACU